AUGAAGUAUACUGCCAUUGCUCUCGCCGCCCUCGCCUCCGUGGCCAUGGCUCAACCCUCCGCUCGCACUGCCCGCGGCGGUCCCCUCUUCCCCGCCCCGGCCGGUAUGACCGUCUCCCAGGGCCAGGACACUUGCGGUGACCAGGCCUCCCUGUCCUGCUGCAACCAGGCCAACUACGCCGGCGACACCACCACUUACAACGAUGGCAUUCUCUCCGGCUUGCUAGGUAACCUGCUCGGCGCGGGCUCUGGCUCCGAGGGUCUCGGCUUGGCUGAUCAAUGCUCCAAGGUUGAUCUUGAGGCCCUUGACCUCCUCGGUCUGAACGACCUGCUCAACACUCAGUGCGAGCAAAACGUUGCUUGUUGCCAAGAUAGUGGUGCCAGUGCGGACGGAAGUCUCGUCGGCGUGGCUCUUCCUUGCAUUGCUCUGGGAUCUUUGCUGUAA